GACCUGACUGAUGACAUCGGCAGUUAUUGCCGAUAGCUCUUCGGCCUCGUAAAAUCGUCGUGGGUGCCGUGGGUGCGAGAGCCCACCUAACCUACCUUGAACCGCUUCCAGCGUACACAUCCAUAGUACUUACUGUACCAGAUAUCCCAACCCUGCAGCUCCGACUCGGCAUUGCAUCCGCACUGGAUUUGAUGAUCGUCGACAUAGAAACUGUCAAAGCUCGCGGAUCGACAUGAUUCCCCGAGUCGAAGUUCUGCACAUAGUGCGGGUCUGGAUCUCAUCGCAUCGCAUCGCAUCGUGGUCGAACUGCUUGUGCCUUGUGGGCUUUCCCAUCGCAUCCUCAACAGUGGUAGCAGUGGAUCAAACGCGGCACAUGGACCACAUCCUGAUUUUUCCACACGAAGAUCGAUCUCAGGGCUCCUCAGCCUCAACCAGAACCGAAGAAAGGAAAAUUAGCAAGAACAAAACCUGCGGUAUCCAUCACGAGCUGAACACGGGACAUCUGACUUUUUCCCUUCUCCCCUUCUUCCCCCUUUGUCCACGGUACACCACCCUUCUCAGAAACAACGGCAGAAGCUUGUCCGGCCCGGAAAGAACAAGCGCCGAUGACAAUGGUUCGGCCAGAUGAUACAAUGCUAAUGCUAUAUCCUCUGUCGGCGAGAUCCCGACAGUUAUAGCAUCGAAUUGCCCUUCUCAGCAUCUAGGAUAAUUUUCACAGGGCGAAAGAUG